GAGAUUAUACGAGUUUAGUUUUAAGGAAGAAGAAGGAAGAAGAAGGAGUGAAAUAAAUAAAGUCUGAAGCCUGAAGAAGUAGAAAUCAUUAGAUUAUAAACAAUGGGAAGUGCAGGAGCAUCAUCGAAACCGAUUCAAGACACGAAAUUUGAUUUGCAAGCACCAAUAAAAACAAUGGCAGACGAUCAAAAUGAAUCAAAAAGUAGUAGUAAAAAACCUCUUGAGAAUCCAGGAACGAUGGAAGAGUUGCAUAAGAAAUGUAAAGACGUCAUGCCAGUGUUCUUUGAAGGUGCAAAACUAAUGGUGAACAAAGGACUCAGUAAUCAUUUUCAGGUCUCCCAUACCAUCAAUUUGUGUUCAGCUAGUCCAAGUGGUUACAGAUUUGGAGCGACUUAUGUCGGAACCAAGCAAUUUUCACCAUCGGAAGCUUUUCCCGUCAUUCUCGGAGACAUUGAUCCUUCAGGAAAUCUUAAUGCUAACAUUAUCCAUCAAUUCUCUCCCAAUAUUCGAUGUAAAUUCGCAUCCCAAAUCCAACAAAGUAAAAUGACAGCGGCACAACUCACUACAGACUAUAGAGGACAAGAUUUCACGGCAUCUAUGACUGUUGGAAAUCCCAAUUUAAUAAAUAACUCGGGAGUUUUUGUAACUCAUUAUCUUCAAUCUGUAACAAAUAAAUUAAGCUUAGGUGCUGAGCUUGCGUAUCAAUAUGGACCAGCUGUUCCCGGCGGAGAAAUUGCCAUUGUUUCUGCUGCUGGACGAUAUGGUGACGAAAAUUCAGUAUGGAGUGGUACAUUAGGAAUGACAGGAAUACAUUUAUGUUAUUAUCAGAAAGCAAGUGAACAACUUCAAAUUGGCGUAGAGCUAGAAACAAGUUUCCGAAUGCAGGAAUCGACAGCUACGAUUGGCUAUCAAGUAGAUUUACCCAAAGCAGACUUAGUGUUUCGCGGUAUGGCUGAUACAAAUUGGAAUAUUGCAGCUGUUUUAGAAAAGAAACUUCAACCCUUACCAUUUACAUUUGCAUUAUGUGGAUUAAUGAAUCAUCAGAAGAAUUCCUUUAGACUUGGUGUGGGUCUAAUUAUCGGUUAGUCAUGAAAUUGUAAGAAAGAUUUAAUCUGUGUAGCAAGAUAUAACGAGAAAUGCACUUUAAUCUUGUUAUUAAGGCUUAGUAGAGAUUUUUUGCUUAUAUUAUAGAGAACUGAAAAAUAUUAUAAAUACUUACUAAUUGGUUCCAACAUACAACACGAAGAACGUUCAUUCUUUAUGUUUCAAACAGAAAUCCGUACGACUUUAAGAGAUAAAAAUUUUUUUACAAAACAUUUUCAAAAAUUUUCUUUUGUUUUCCAUUGGAUACGUUAAAAAACAUUUUUAUUGGACACUAAGGAACAGUGAAUUUAUGUCUUUUCAUGUAAGAUUUUUAACUGAAAUUUUUUGAAUUCGGACAGUUCUGAAGCAAGUUUCAAGAUUUUUGAAUUUGAAUAGUUUCUAACGGAUAAAUUUUGAAUUCGGACGGUUUUGUAGUCAACUUCAGAGAUUUUGGAUUUGAAAAAUAAAACUUCGUUAAAUUUUUAAAUAUGAUUAAUAUGAGUUUUUCUUUAAUCUUUAACAAACUGCUGCAAUAUAAAGGAAGAAUAGGUUUUAAUUCUGCAAAAAAAAAACUUGAAUUUGUAUGAAAAGAUAUGAAUUUAUUGGUAAAGAACUUGACUUUUACUGUGGACAAAUUAAAUUAAUCCUUUUUUGAUGCAUUUAAAAAACUACUGAGUGGGAAUUUAUUCUUCCCAGGAAUAGGAAAACAAUGUUAGCCAAAAACCAAAUUUUAUUCUCCAAACAGAAGAAUUUUUUUGUGCAUUCGAACACGGUGCAUAAAAAAAGCAGCAAACAAAGUCAGAUUGUGUAAUAAAACAAAAUGCUACGAUAAUACAAACAAACAAAAAAAUGUUAUGUAAAAAAGAGAGUAAAAGAA